AUGCCUGAGGUGGGCGGGGGUAAGGAUGAGGUCGUCAACAACGCAGUGGCCGCCGUAGCAGCUCAACUUCAGAAGGUGUUCCGGAUCGAGGAGCUGAGAGCGGACUUCGAGGCUCGCAUCACUUCCCUCGAAAAGAGACUUGAAAACAGCAAGCGAGUGAUCGAGAUAGAAAAGUUCAAAUAUGAGAUCGCUGACAUACGAGACGCUUUCCUCACUCACCAGAAGACAAGACACGUCGAUUUUACCAGACUAAGGCCGGCCGUGACGCUGCCAGCCACCUUCUUCUCUCCAGGCACAGUGAGGGAACACGUCAUCACCUUACAACGAGAGCCUCCUCCCUUCACCAAGUACAACCUGACGAAGGAGACAGUGGAGAACCUUAAGCUUCCCUCCUUCGACGUAUGGCAGUGGGAACCUAAUGAGAUGUUGACGUUGCUCGAACACAUGUACCGGGAUUUAGGUCUGAUGGAAGAGUUCUGCAUUAACCCUCCCACACUACGGAACUUUCUAGUGAGUGUACAGGAGAAUUAUCGCAACAAUCCCUUCCACAACUUUCGUCACUGCUUCUGCGUUACCCAGAUGAUGUACGGCAUCAUUCAUCUGUGUCGCCUACAGGAGAAACUAUCAAGGAAGGCCAUAGGGGUUCUCAUCACCGCCUGUGUUUGUCACGACCUUGAUCACCCGGGGUAUAAUAACUGGUAUCAGAUCAACGCGAGGACAGAGCUGGCGGUGAGGUACAAUGACGCCUCACCCCUGGAGAAUCACCACUGCGCUGUAGGCUUCAGGGUCUUGGCCAACCCAGAGUGUAACAUCUUCAGCAGCGUCCCCGAGCAAGUGUAUAAGGAGAUCAGGGCGGACAUCAUCAUUUUGAUAUUAGCUACGGAUAUGGCCCGUCACUCAGAUAUCGUCGACGACUUUAAGAAGAAACUCGAGGUGUUUGACUACAAGAACAACGACCACCUUAAUGUACUCAAGAUGAUCCUCAUUAAGGCUUGUGAUAUCUCCAACGAGGUGAGGCCAUCAAAAGUUGCAGAGCCUUGGGUUGACUGCCUUCUGGAGGAGUAUUUCAACCAGGCGGAGACGGAGAAGCAGGAGGGGUUACCAGUAGCGCCCUUCAUGGACAGAGACAAGGUGACCAAGGCCUCAGCUCAGAUAGGCUUCAUCAAGUUCGUCCUCAUCCCACUGUUUGAGAGCAUCAGCCAGCUCUUCCCCCAGGCGGAGGAGGUGUUGGUAGUGCCGCUCCGACAUGCCCGAGAACACUACGAACAGCUGAAGGAGGCGGAGGAAGAUAUGCGCAGGUUGGCACAAAGCAAGUCCCUCGCCUAGCCCCAGAAUGUUUCGAGGGCUGAUCUGCUCCGCUCCAGGUCGCCCGGUGAUAGACAUUCUGACGAGUUUUAUCGUCACCGGAGCAGCAUCCAACAGUGGGCAUCACGCCCUAUGAUCCUGUGACCCCCCUACCUUGAUUGCCUUUCACGCCCGUCUCUCUUGUCUGCCUGUCUCUCUUCUCUCAUAGGGGAUGUUGACCCUCACCCUCGGCUUGUUAGGUAUGCCAAGUUGUGACCUCCAAUUUAGGUUCAUCUUGACUGUGACCUCCAAUGGUGUCUCUCUACUAGGUCAGAGAGGCAGUGACCUUUAUUUUACGGUCAAUUUAGUGUCAUUACAACUCCUGUAUCUCCUAAACCCAACCGAAGUUCGGCACAAAGUUUCAAACAUUGAUAAUGAUGGUCAUAACUAAUAUUAGUAUCAUACGAUUAUAUAUUGUAUUAAAUAUAUACAAAUGUAACUUUGUUAACUCCACGAGGUAUUCCGUAGUGUCUUUAACUAAGUUUUAUUGUGGAAGGAAGCUCUCCUGAUUUUUAGGCGGGAACUGAGUGGAUACAUGAGGCUACUUUACGUAAUGCUAUGAAACAUUUUAUGUAUAUCGAUUUAGAUUAUAUAUGUAUUUACUAUUAGAUCUAUUAAUAGGGGUUAAUUCGUAGAAUUGAAUACAUGCUAAGUAGGAAUAUUGAGCUAAAGAAUCUUCUUUAGCAAAGCCAAGAAUGUAGAAGAGCUGAAAAAGUCUUUGAGGCGGAGUGCUUGCCCCACUAGGGGUCGCAGUUUAAGACUGGGGAAGCUAAGCGUUCAGAAACCUGCCAGGGCAAACUUUUUCGGAGUGAGAGUUAUGAACUCUUAGAACAAUCUGCCAGAAAGUGUUGUGACGGCACGGAGUGUGAGCUCAUUCAAGACCAGACUUGACAAACACUGGCGCAGGUACAGAUACAUUCUGGAGCCAGCACUUGCCAACUACAGGUAGGUGUAACAGUGAAGUGAUCGACCGCCCAAGCUGUUAACGAGCUGAUCAGUGGCGAAGAUGAUAAAGUUUAGGAUAAGAACGAUAUAUAAUUUUUAAUAUAUCACGAACUAUUUAUUUUUCAUGCAACACGAACUAACCAAAGCUUUUCUAACCCAACCAAAGCUAUCCUAA